ACUUUCGCACUUUCUGAUUGGUCAAUCUGACUGGAUUGAAAUUUGGAUUAGCAAUCUACAUUAAAAGUUAGUUUACUGCCUAUGAUGUUUGCAGGAAUGUAAAUGCAAUCCUGGCACAACAGCGCCAUCUGUUGGCAAUACAGCGCAACAUCAGCAGGCAGUUAGUUAGACUGUGAGUGUGUGUGCGUGCAGUCAGUUGGACAAUAAACGUCGUUACCGAAGCACGUCGUUACCGAAGCACGUCGUUGUGAGCCUCGUGCGUAACAUGAAACACACAAACAUUACAUUAAAAAUCCAAUCCAAGAGGGUCGACAGGAGCGCUGCUAUUUUUCCGAGGAGAAAUGAAGUGGACAGACGAACGGCAACAACACAGCUAAGCUAAGCUAAGCUAAGCUAAGCUAAACAAAGAAGCUAGCAGACACGUGGGGAUCUACACACGGAGCAGGUAUCGCAGGAAACACCGCUGCCCUUCCACCUUUUGACACAGAAACUGAACCUGGCUCUGUCGGACCUCGCUGGACUAAGUAUGUGCAAAGGUUUGAGAAUUACACCACUGCAAUGAACGGAACUGGAGAUGCUAGGCUCAAAGCACUGCUAUUACACAUAGCAGGAGAACGAGUGCAUGACCUCUACGGUACUUUAGCAGCAGCGGAUGAUAAGGAUGCAGACGCCAAGCAGAAGUUCGCCGCUUAUUUCUCUCCCAAGAAAAAUGUUCAAUAUCAAGUGUACAUUGUCAGAUAAACAGUUCAAGAACCGGGAGAAAAUCUGGACAGCUAUCACACCAUAUUGAGGAUGUUAUCUAAGAAUUGUGAGUUUGCAAAUGCUGAAGAAGAAAUAAAAACGCAAAUCAUUCAAAGCUGUGCAUCAUCAAGACUGCACUGCAGGAAAGCACUGAGAGAGCCUGAUUCAAGUCUGCAUCAGCUCCUUGACCAUGGACGAACACUAGAACUGUCCGAAAGCCGGCAACUGGCAUAGAGAGAGGUACAACAGCAACUGUCAACGCAGUGGGUCAAAGGAAUGCAAGGAAGUAUCCAGAUAACAGCAACAGGUCGGAGAAACAACGUCCCGAAUAAUCGCUGCAGAAACUGUGGAGGUAAUUAUCCCCAUGAUAAUGAAUGCCCUGCCAAAGGCAAACGAUGCAGAGCCUGUGGCAGUAGAAUCAUUUUGCAGAGCAGUGCCGUUCAAAACCCAAAGACACAUAUAUGAGGAGACCACAAAGCAGAGUGAACUGGCAACCAAAGAAAGUUCAUAAUAUAACUGAGACUGCUCCAGAUGAGGAGAAAGUGCACGACGCUUAUGUUUUUGCAGUAGAUGCUAAAGAAACCUCAGAACUGCCAUAGAUCCACAUUAAGCUUAAUGGCAACAAUAUGCUUGUCUUGAUAGAUUCAGGGGCCACAGCCAACUGUAUCAGUGAAGUCAAUUUUCAAAAACUGAAGCCCCGCCCACAACUCAGUCCCACUAAAACUAAGAUCUUCCCCUUUUAAAUCCAAGAUUGCAUUGCCUGUUAGUGGUGCUUUCAAGUGCAGCGUGGAAAAGGGACAGAAAACAUCAACAUGCACAUUCUUUGUGAUUGAAGGCGAUGGAUUUAAAAUUCUCAGCUAUGUGACUUCUAAAGCUCUGGGACUCAUUAAAAUAGUAACCACAUUAUCAACCAUGCCACAGUGUUGCACAGUUUCAGAUGAGCUGGUCGCAAGUCAUCCGAAGCUGUUCGAAGGAAUUGGCAAAUUAAAAGACUUUCAAGUUAAGCUUCACAUAAACCCUGACGUCAGACCUACAUGCCAACCACAUCGCAGUGUGCCAUUCCAUUUCUGCCAGAAGGUUGAGGAUGAGCUUCGGAAGCUAGAAGCAGAGGACAUCAUCGAGGAGGUUACUGGCCCGACUCCUUGGGUCUCGCCUAUCGUCGCACCUCCAAAGCCAGAAGACCCCAACAAAGUCAGACUUUGUGUUGACAUGAGGCAAGCUAACACAGCCAUUGAGAGGGAACGUCACUCCAACCAUAGAUGACGUGAUACAUACGUUAAAUGGAGCGACUGUGUUUUCCAAACUGGAUCUGAGAGCUGGAUACCAUCAGCUGGAGCUUCAUCCAGACAGCAGUACUCACCAGUAAGAUGGCGAACCCAGUGAUCUGGCUGGUCAACCCAGACGCCCAUGCACAUCGUCAGCAGGCCGUUCUGAUUUUGACCAAGGAGGACCGUUUAUACCGGGAGAAGAAGAAGGUUUUCCCCAUACCUUCAGCGGAGCUUCUCCUCCAGAACAUUGCUCUGGCUCACGCAGAGAGACUCCUGCGCGCAGAGGGUUUCUCUGCACCAUCUUACCAGAUGUUCCUUGGUAAAGCUGGUGGUACCAUUUGGCCAGUACCUGAAUGCCCCAUUCAACUGGCUGAUAUGCAAUGACGUGGGCUACAUGAAGUACAUUCUGGACAAACACAGAGAAGAGAUGAAAAAUCCUCUCAGGAAGGGUGAGGUGGGGAAACAGUGGGUAAAGGACCACCACACAGAACAUAUGGAGUGUUUCCCUCAGGUGUCCUGUCACCUGGUGGGCCAACAUCACCUGGUGUACCUACGGCCAGAAGGGUUUCGAGGAUCACACCUUUGAGGAGAUGUGGGGACUGUACAGCCAGUACCACGCCCUCAAAAAUCACCCCAAGGAUCUCACUCCGGAGCAGAGGGAGGUGGUGCUGAAGGCCCACAGCUCCAUGAGGAGGUGGCUGAACACAGGUGAUGUAUCCAGCUGGUAUACAUUCUUGACCGAGGUCCUGUGCUGUGGACCGUGUACAAAGGCGGCCAGAAGUGGAGAAGGUGGCACAGUGGGUCGGUGGCUUACGUGGGAUACCGCUGUUUUAUCGCAGCUUAGCGAGGCUCAUCAAGCCAUGUUUCCUGCCAUCUUCACCAGCAAGCGGGGUGUGGAUAGGAACGUUGUGCGCCUUAUGCAAGACCGGACCGAGGGGAACACAAUGGUCAAGGUGUGGCGGCAGGUCCAGGAGAAUCACGUGGAGGAGUAUCUCCAGCAUAAGGACCUGUACACCACACUCCUGACGACCGUAGUGAAACCCGGAGGGAUCGUCUCUGCUUUUGGCCACACUUUCCAGCCUCCACCUCCUCAGAGAGAGCUUCCAACCGCACUGCUCCUGCGUCACACCUUCCUGCUCGCAGAGGCGAGCAACGUGCAGGACUACAGGAGCAAGAUUCUGUCCUCUUUCGGCACUGUGCUGAAAAUGGACUCCACAAAGAAAGUGGUGAAGAAGCUGUCUAGGGAGGUCCGAGGCUCAGCUGAGUGGUUCACCAGUAUCGGGAACGAGCACAGCCAAAUUGUGUAAUUUGUGCUCACCAUUGAGGAGUC